AUGACCGAAGAUGACGACGUUAGUCGUUGCAAAACUGCGCGCAGACACUCUGUUGUCGAUCAAAAUGUCGAGCUCGGCAGUCGUUCGCCCCGCCAGCCCAGGCAACCUGAAAUACGCCUAAAUCAACAUUAUACCAGUAAAGUCAGCCCAGAAAAGGCCGCCCUUACCCAAGAGAUUUCAUGCCAGAGGGUUGAGAAUAGGUGGAUUCAAGAUGGUGGCGCCGAUCGCAGCAAGUUUAUAGCUGACUCAGGCGAGGGACACUGUCUUGAAACGCAGUCGAUUGGUAGGCAGCUCGGCAACAACAGCGUAAGUGGGUGGGCCAACGGUGACCUGGAAGGCGAGGAAGAAGAGCAUCAUGAACGCAGCCGAAGAGAAGAUCACCGCGUUGCUCGAUGUGGCGGUGCCGAUGAAGCCCACAAUCAACGGACACAGCAGCAUCACGCUCUAUCUUAUCAGGCACGGCAGGCCGCCUCGGAAAGGGCAUACGUAUGGUUCUUGGGCUCUAGGAACGUUUUACGCAGCUUUAGGACAGUGUCCGACCAAUUUACGGUGAUGAACCCCUCUUGGAUGAAGAAAUAUGUCUGCGGUCUGAAGCACGUCCUGUCCGUCCAUAAGAGGCUUCUCUCUUGGUGUGUGUGUGGCUCAGGCCAUGUUACCGAACCCGGUUCAUCGAUUAGAUGA